UGUGUGACUGUGUGUGUGUGUGUGACUGUGUGUGUGUGACUGUGUGUGUGUGCUGCUGUCAGAGCGCCAUGUUGCAGGAGAGGUUAUUGUUGGCUCGUCGUGCUCCAGGGCGCUGUUGUUAGAACCACGUUGCACACACACCAACAACAACCCCGAACACAACCAUCAUCAGCACCACCACCACCAAACCAUCGUCACACACAAGACACGGGCUUGACAGCUCCGCGACGGGGGCCGGUACUGAACUCGCUGAAACGUUUAACAAAACCCCACCACAGUAAUGACAACAGCAGCAGAUGAUGAUGAGUGGUGUUAGUCUUGGCGUGGUGUGAGGCCGCGUGAUGCCACUGAGGCGUGGGCGAGCUUGCGGCAGACGACGAGGAGGAGGACGAGGAGGAGGAUGACGAUGACGGUGGUGAUGGUGCUGCCGCUCGCCAUCGCCGCCGCGAUCUUAGAGGCCUGUGAAGCCAAGUACUGUAAUUACCACAAGGAUGGUUUCAGCAGGCCUUUCACGUGCCACCCGUACGAAGAUUGCUGUGGUAAAAAGUGCUGCGUCCGUGUGAUUUCCCUCUACCGCAUCUGGUAUUUCUGGUUCUGCCUUCUGCUCGGGAUCCUCUUCUGCUGCGGCUCGGGGCUGUGGCUGCGCAGGAGGUACCUGGGGCCACGCGGCAUCGCCAGCCAGCCCCCGCUCACCGUCACAUACACCGCGCACGCCAACGGGCCCAGGGCCAGGAGGUUCCACAACACGCUGCCCUCGGGGAUGUACUUCUACACGGAACAGGGACCGUUCCCUGGCGGGCAGGUGCCGCUUGUGUACCCGUACCCGCCGCAGCCCUCCGGCUUGCCGCUGUACGAGCCGGGGUACCCGCCGCCCGUCUACCAGCCCCCGCAGCACCCGCUCGCCUGCCACGCUCAGCCGCACCCGUUCGGCGCCCAGAGCCUCGGCCACCAGACUCAGCCGGGCGAGCUGGCGGCGCAUCAUCACCGUCAGCAGUACGCGCACGUGUCGUACCCGACGCCGAUGGCUCCUCCGCCUCCCUACGAGGAGGUCGUGAAGUCCUCGGCGCCGCGGUGAAGCGCGUCUCGUGCCGUUGCAGCGUCUCGUCGUGUGCGUCGUAGACCUCUCCCCGACCCUGUUGGCCGCACACUCGUGCGUGCGCGCACACGCACACGCACGCACACACACACACUCGGACGAGAUUUCCCCGUUUAGCCUUGUCAAAUGUAAGGGUGAGUGCCAUUCGUGAACACCGUUUAAGACCAGGCGUGGGACACAAAGGGGUAGCGUGGCCGGCACCAUACCUCUCCGCCUUUGUAUCCCCAGCGCUGACGUGCACACAAACCGUACCAGUUACAAAUGUAACGAUGACUUGACCGAGGGGGCACUCCAGGAAAGCACCACUUACCACUGAUGGUGCGCACAGGUGUGAACUCAAUCCAGGCCAUCGGGAUCAGAGCACAGUGCACAAAGCAAUGCGCCACCGCACUUCGCGUUCAAACAUCGACAAAGAUACCCCCCCCCCCCCCCCACAGCCUUCAGCAGGUUAUUGAGGCACGUGCUGUUAGCAAGCACCUAUGAAGGCCAUCGCAGCUCAGGAGGGGGAAAGCGUGUCCAGCACCACACCCAGCCGCCUUUUUCUCCGCAAAUAUACAACAACAACAACAACCGCUGUUCGCCACUAAGUGGCGGUGCUGUCACCAAGGCCCUUGUGCCAGGAUGGGUGCACCUUUAGGCCACGUGAAGUGUCCCAAGGCUCGCUGGCAGGAGGUCAUGGGACAGACCCAGGUGUUAAAACCCAUUGGUUCACAUACAGACGUACUUAUUGAAUGUUUGAAUGUUUCGAUUUUUGUUUUUAUAGUAAUAGUUUUUUACCCUUUUAUCUGGCACCAAAAGUGACACCUUUAUACAAGGGAUCAUGUUUGCCGAGACGGCUUUUCUUAGAGCCUAGUCUCCACUGGUCUUGGACCAGAUGACACCGUCUUGGAGUGGACCAAUACAUUUCAAGGAUAGUGCAUAUCAUUAUCAGAGUUGGCUCUUUUUGUUUGCAUUUUGACUGCUUGUGUUGUGGUUAUUGCAAACAUGAUCCCUUGUAUAAAGGUGUCAGUUUUGGUGCCAGAUAAAAGGGUAAAAACCUAUUACUAUGUUCUUUUGUUAUUGCAUCUCAGCUGUCAUGUUGUAUUCUAGGUACAGAGGAGACCUACUAAGUGGCUUAGUGUGAAUUAGGCCCUUAUCAGUGGCACAGAGACAGGUUAAAAUCCUGAGCCAGGUUCGAUUCUAAGUUUGAAACUUUCGGCUUAUACCUCCCAAUAAAGCCGUGUUGUUCAUUGUGAUGGGCUUACAAUCUCUCCCCAUUCACUGGACAGUUUAUAAACUGAGAACUUAAGGCAAAUAUGCAUUGCAUAUUUGAUUAUGGGCACAAGGGGAACAACUUUUCUGCUUUGCCUAGGUGUUUGUUUUACUGAUAAGAGGAACCUCCUGGGAAGACAGGGAAUGUAUUGCAGUUGGAGUGUGUGUCAUCCCUGCCAAAGGUUGUCCCACGUAGGAAAUGAACGCCGUUAAAUGUGUGAUGUUACUAGAAUGAACCUGCUUCUUUUGUUUGUGCCUUGUCUGUAUUAAAUAGCACAGUGGACUUGUACUCUUUAGUCAUUGGUGACAAUGCAUUAUCCGUGUGCGUCUGGACAUCAAAUUGCUUCAGCAUCCAUUACAAUAGCGGGCAUGCAUCACAUUUGGCGAACGCUUCUUUGGUAUUAUCGCCAGCCUUCUGCUAUCCUGUAAAGUACACACUGGGGGAAUGGUUGUAUCUGUCCAUAUCCUCCACAAAUGUCAUCGGCCUUGCGUAGGACCGUGCUGACUGCAGUGAUAAAAUGUUAAAUGUGUCUGUGUGUGUUGUGUGUGUGCGCAACUAUUAGUCGUGUGACAAGCGGUGGUGUCACGGUCAGCACGCUGCACAACAAACUCGACGACCUGAAUUCGAUUCCCGCGCACGGGCAGUACCGGUGACGAUUAUCUGAACCAGUCCUGGGCCACCUUGAGGUCGACUCAACAACUUCCAAUGAGUACCUGUUGCGAUGUGUACACAUCACUACUAGGGAGACAAAGGUGGGCGGGCGUGGUUCUGGCCACCCAACACCCAGGUGCGCCGUGCCGUCCCUCAUAGGUGCACGCUAACAGCACUUGCCCUAAAAUCUGUUAAGGAUCUUUGUUUUUGUAACCAUUAGUGACGGAACUGAGAACAUCGGGAUAUUUGAACACUGAUGACCAAUCUGUUCUUCAAUUGGCUGCUGUUUUAAACAACCUUAAUGUUGCCGCUAAAACCGAAGGCUUAUUCACAAGGGCUCUUGACUGGGGCAUAAAUUGUGAGCAUCAGCCACCUAGCCAAUCUUGGCAGCUGGGCAGAGUAGCUUGGGAUGUCAUGUGCCUAUCCACCAGUCUCAUUCUAAAUAUUGCUUAGAUUGCCUUUGGCAGGUCAAAGUGGUCCAUGAUUAUGGAACUUCCCUUUAGUGGAAGUGAUUUUGUAGUGUCAGGGCGGAUAAAGUCCACAUGCUCUCUGUGACUUAAGGCGAAGGGCUCGGUCGCAUCUUCUUAACCGUCAGGUUGUUUCUGCGUUUUUUUUAUUUAGUAAAAACGCUUUGGAGAAAUUCCAGUGGAUAUUUGUUGAAAACUCUUGAGUGUUAAAGAGAUUACAUAUUUUGGAGGAUUAGGAAGGCAUUUUCUGAAGAUUGGUGCCACAUUUACAGUGGUGGAUUAUUGUUAACGAGCCAGUGAAGAUGCUGCUAUUCCACGUGUUAUAUGCAGUAUAUACACAAUACAAUACAAUGUAAAUUGGAUGAUAAUUUGGAUUUAUGAAGCCUCCAAAUGCGACUACAUCUCAAGGAGCUGAACAAAUUGGGGAACAUUUACAAAGAGAUCAAUUGAAGCAUUGUAGUGGGAUCUCGUGAUUCUCACAUUCGUACAGUGUAUGUUGAAAUUUCGCCAUAAUUUAAAGCAGCUGCUUGGUAGGAAGGCAAUUGUUACCGAUAUUUCGUGGAGAAACAGAUGAGUCAACCCAAUCAGUGCAAACGUGUCUUUUUUAACAACACAUUAGGCACAUUCUGCAUUUUGUUUUCUAUUAAAUACAUAACUCUUUAUUUGUUUUAAGUGUGCUAUAUAGCUUUCAUUAAUUCAGUCUUUCUGCUCAAAUUGCCAUUGGUGUCUUUCUCCAUAGGUGGCUCAAAGCCAAUGGUGAAAAUGUCUAAUUUCCAUGGCAAGGGUGAGUCACUGCAAAGGUCAACCACUGUCGGGAUUUCGACAAGGUGGUGCUUAAUGUAUUGACUCCAGAGGAGAAAGUUGGCCGAGUCAAAUCCCCGACCAGGUUUCGAAUGUGAAUUGAUCACUCUGUGACAGCACCACCUAGCCGGAUUAUUGGUAUGGAGUAAACGUGACACGAUGUGCGAUAGGAUUAGUCCAGCAAAUCGCAUUAACAUUCCAAAUAAAUAACAUGCCGGUAUUCAUAUGCUUAGCUCUUUCGGUAAAGUCACGUUGAAGGGAAACAACAAAAUAAUAAAAUAUCUAUAAAACAAUAAAAAUUCUCACGACGAUGCUGGUAUUCGCCCAUUUCUGUGGG